AUGGGAUUUUUCGGCAUGUUUAAGGAAGCCGGUAAAAUCACAUUCUCAUGGAAAAAACUUUUCUCACAUAUUUUUCUUGCUACAAUCCUCCCUCUAGCCAUCCUUUACUUGUCUGAUAUCCAAAUUUCCUACUUCAUCGAUCACCAUACGUAUCAAAACAAUAGAAAUGCCAAAAAUACUGCUCAUGUAAUAACCAGGGUCAUCUACUCAAUCCUCACCCUUUUGUUCUAUUUGUUAUCAACUUCUACUGUAGUUUAUACUGUUUCUUGUUUCUAUACCUCGAAAGAUACCAACUUCAAGAAAGUCAUAGAUGUAUUCUCUAAGGUAUGGGGAAGGAUUUUGGUAACAUUUUUGUUGUUUUUCUUUGUCUUGGCAAUAUGCACCAUCCUGUAUCUUGGAUUGUUAUAUUGGUUUGUGGCAACCAUUGAUGGGCCGGCGUAUAAAGCAUUUUCUAUUAUCAUUGCUUUUACAAUUCCUUACUUGAUUGUGUUUGUUUACACGGCUAUUGUUUGGAAUAUGGCUAUGGUAAUAUCAGUACUGGAAAAAGAUUAUGGUAGAAAAGCGUUAGUAAAGAGUAUGAAAUUGCUUUACGGCAAGAUAUGGGUCUCUUCUGCUGUCUUUGUGGUGCUUGAAAUCAUCUUUGCGGGUACAAUUAUCGCGUUCUCUUUAUUGGUGCUCAACAGAAACAUAUUGAAUUUGGUGGGUAAUAUAUUUGUGGGAAUUGCUUGUUAUUUGCUCUUGCCUGUUUUGUUUCAUUUUUCUCUUGUAAUCCAAGCAGUUACCUAUUUUGUCUGCAAAGCUUACCAUAACGAGGACAUAUCAAACAUUGCUGCUCACUUAGACAUUUCUUAUGUCACUUUGGGUAGGAGAAAUGAGGUAGUUUAG